GGCUGGGUGGUUUCCGCUCGCGGAGCGUAAACUGAGGUAAGGGACUGAAGCUGGGCCUCGGCUCCCGUGUGUGUAACAUGUCCGGGAGCAGAGGCUUUUGUUUUAAGGAAGAAUGUGGGUUGGAGACGCCAGGUUCAGAUUGGCCGCAGGGUUGGAGCGAGAAGAGAAGUUGAGGCGGGGACAGGAGGACCAAGCUUCCUAGAGACUCUGGUUCUGCGGCCUCUGCUUUGGCUCAGGCUUCUUCCUUUCCUCAGCUGCCACCGCAGCCAGGAGGCAUCUACCUACCUCAGCCCUCCCGAAUGGUGCUCCUUUUGGCAGGCCUUGGGCUUAGAUCCAGGCCUCCUUUUCCAGCUGCUUCGGAGCUCUUGCUCUGGCUCUUUCCAGGUAGACUUUGCAUAACAGAGACCGAAGAAGAACUUUUGCCCACACCAGACUAUUUUUAUGAACCUCACUGACAGCUUGAAUCUCUGCCCCUAACUGUGUGAGGCUCUUCUGUGCUCCCUUUUUUCACUCUAAAAGGAGAAAUCUUUCUUAGUACCCAUAACAAGAGAAACCCCAAUUUGGGGGCCUCUGGCCCAAACCCAGUAUGCCAAUCCUUUCUUUAGUAUAGAAGGGCUCUGCCCUCUCCCUAGCAGAAUGGCUGAGUUCAGGCAGGUUCCAGGAGGGAGAGAAACACCACAGGGGGAGAUUCGGCCUGAAGUUGUUGAGGAUGAACUUACUCGCAGCCCAGUAUCAGAAGAGCCCCAGAGAGGUAGAAGCAACAGCAACGAGGCCAAAUUGUCCCCAAGAGAGGAAGAAGAACUGGACCCUAGAAUACAGGAAGAACUGGAACAUCUGAACCAGGCCAGUGAGGAGAUUAACCAGGUAGAGCUACAGCUGGAUGAGGCCAGGACCACCUAUCGUAGGAUCCUACAAGAGUCGGCAAGGAAGCUUAAUACACAGGGCUCCCACUUGGGGAACUGUAUUGAGAAGGCCCGUCCCUACUAUGAGGCUCGUCGACUGGCUAAGGAGGCCCAGCAGGAGACCCAGAAGGCAGCACUACGUUAUGAACGGGCUGUCAGCAUGCACAAUGCUGCUCGGGAGAUGGUAUUUGUGGCCGAGCAAGGUGUUAUGGCAGAUAAGAACCGACUGGAUCCCACAUGGCAGGAGAUGCUCAAUCAUGCCACUUGUAAGGUAAAUGAGGCAGAGGAGGAGAGGCUUCGUGGUGAGCGGGAGCACCAGCGAGUGACUCGGCUGUGCCAGCAGGCUGAGGCUCGGGUCCAGGCCCUACAGAAGACCCUUCGUCGGGCAAUUGGCAAGAGUCGUCCCUACUUUGAGCUGAAGGCCCAGUUCAGCCAGAUUUUAGAGGAGCACAAGGCCAAAGUGACAGAGCUGGAACAGCAGGUGGCCCAGGCCAAGACCCGCUAUUCAGUUGCCCUGCGCAACCUGGAGCAGAUCAGCGAGCAGAUUCAUGCACGGCGUCGGGGCCUGUCUCCUCACCCCCGAGGCCCGCGGCGCUCUUCUCCCAUCGGAGCUGAAGCUGGGCCUGAUGGAGGCGAGGAUGGGGAUAGUGGAAUUAUUGAAGGGGCUGAGGGUGGGGUACUAGAGGAAGGUAUUAACCUGGAGCCUGGGGCCAUUCGGGACAUGGACACGCUGAGCCUGUUGAGCCUACGUACUGUGGCUUCUGAUUUGCAGAAGUGUGACUCUGUGGAGCAUCUGCGAGGUCUCUCAGAUCAUACCAGUCUGGAUGGCCAGGAGAUUGAUUCUCAGAGUGGGGUACAUCAGGGUAGUGACAGUGGGAGCCGUGGGGGCCGACAUCAGCGCAGUGUCAGCCUAUAGCUCUAUACUUAGAGAACUGUGUCUUACCAUUAUCAGCCCACACAGGAACCUAGCAGUCUUCAGCUCCCUCUGCAAUGGACCUUGCUUACCUCACAGAGGUUAGGUCAGACCUUUUCAGAAGGCUUGGUUCAUACAUUUCUUCUCCAACUGCUGUCUGCUCACAAUCAGAUACCCUUUUUUGUGCUCUUUUGGAUGUCUGUCCUUUCAUCUUUCUGGCUUUUCUUUUACGGAACUUGUUCUAGAAGGCACAUGGACACCCUUCAGAAGAGGUGGGCGCUGGGCCUGAUCUUGGCAUCACAGCUUCGAUCCUGAAAGUUGUCUUUUCUAUAGACUUGGUCCCUCCUACUUUCUUGCUUCAUUGAGGGCCCUAGAGAUGCUGCUAACCUCUUCUAGUGCCCUGUGCCCUUUCCUCUGUUCCAGCUGGCCCAUUUAUGUCUUGUUAGAUGCACUAUAAGAAUGUAUUCCUCAGAAGACACUACACUUUUCAGCACAUACUUCUCAUGACAGAAGCGACUCUCUUCUGUGUAUUUUAAGGCAAGACUAGAGUGCCAGUGUCAGAGUAGUAUAAACUCCACUCCACUGUCAACAUUAACAUACUACCAUCUCCAAACAUACUCCAGUGUGCGAGGUAUUUUCCAUCUAGAUUGGACCUUUAAGAUUGCCUAGGGUGCUAGUAGAUCUCUAAAAGAGUUAGACUGGAUAGAGAUAAAAUGUUUUCUUUCCUGAUGGUUGAAAUACCUGCGAUUCUGCUGUGGAGUUAUGGACAGAAAGUACUGUGCUAAUUUUAAUUACCUUUCUGCAGGGCUGCAUUAGGAAAUUUGGUGCUUAACUACAUUCAUUGUUUUCCCCCAAACAGACCAUAAGAUCACAUAAGUUUUGCAAUCAAGCUUUCCCUGAUGCAAGGGGUUGGCCUAGGGUAAAAGGCCAUACUAUCUACAGGGAGACACUGCAAUUGUCUAUUGCUCUUAGGAUGUGUGUGUGUGUGUGUGUGUGUGUGUGUGUGUGUGUGUGUGUGUGUGUGUGUGUGUGUGUGUGUGUGUAUGUGUGUGUGUUGUGGGGGAAUCAGGUGGAGAACCAAUCAUUUCACCCAGAAGACUGAGAAAUGGAGUCUAGAUAAAGUUCCUACCUAGCUUAUGUAUUGCUGCUAUGAACUGGAAGAGAAUUGGAUCAUUAUAUGGAGGGUAUUGCA